AUGGAACUGGAAGGGUUGGCAGACAAGUGGGCAAAUAAAUGCACCCUCGAAAAACCUGACGCGGGCAAAGACGUCGAAUAUGCAAACACCAGCAUUACCACGGAUUUCACCGAGAAUAAAACGUACGCUGAGAUGAUUGAAAAAUUCGGCCAACAGAGCUAUUUUUACAAUUAUUCAACCAAUAAAUGCAAAGUGCCAUGCAGUAGCUACAUACAGGCCGUGUGGGCUGACUCGAAGGAAGUUGGAUGUGCCACCAACAAGUGUCCUGGAAUUCUCCCAAGCCAAAAGGCGGACACUCUCUUUAUCUGUGUGUACAAACCCGCUGGCAAUCCUGGAAAUGCGAAGCCGUAUCAAAGUGGCACAAGCUGUUCGGGCUGCCCCAAGGAUACUCACUGCAAACGCAAUCAAUGUGAAAAGAACUCGGUUUCCACGCUGAUGUCUACUGUUGCCACUUUGGUGUCCGUAAUUUUGGCAGUUCAGUGUUUCGUGUAG